AUGUCGAAACCAAGCAAAUACCUCCUCCUCUCACUCCCCAACUCUAUUGUCCCCUCGCACCACCGCGACGAUGCCCUCGAGGCAGUCGCAGCCACCGUUUCCCCGGACAAUGGCUCCGCCGGCUCCUUCCCAAUCCCGGAGUUCAAGAUCGGAACGUUAGAUGCCCUCGUUCAGCAAGCAGAUGAGCUGGCCAAGCUCGAGGCGUCGUGCCAGGGCGUCGUUGCCAAGGUCGGCGAUGCGUUGAAGAAUAUCCUUGAGGGGGACGAGACGCAGAUCGAUCAGAUGAAGGUUGUCAAUGAUAAGCCGGUCGAUCAGUACCUCCGUACUUUCCAAUGGAAUAAAGUCAAGUACAGGGCCGACAAGUCCUUGGCGGAGCUGAUUGAUCUGCUACACAAGGAAGCAUCCAGCAUCGACAACGAUAUCCGAUUCAAAUACUCCCAAUAUAACCAGGUCAAGAACACCCUGUCUACGCUACAGCGGAAACAAGCAGGCAACCUCUCAACUAAGUCCCUCGCCUCGGUGAUCGACCCGAAAGCUAUCGUGCAAGACUCCGAAUACAUCGAAACCCACCUCGUCGCCGUGCCUAACCAGCUGGUAAAAGAUUUCCUGAAGACCUACGAGACUGUCGCGCCCAUGGUGGUCCCCCGGUCCGCGCAGCUGGUUGCUUCCGACAGCGAGUUCACGCUGUACGCCGUGACGGCGUUCAAGAAGCACAGCGUCGAAUUCGUGCAUAAGUGCCGUGAGCAGAAGUGGAUCCCGCGCGACUACAAGUACGUCGAGGGUGGAAAGGAGGAGGAGCGCAAGGAAGUCGAGCGCGUGGGUGGGGAUGAGCGUAAGCUCUGGGGUGAGACGCUGCGACUUGGCCGCACGGCUUGGAGUGAGGCUGUGAUGGUCUGGAUUCACAUUUUAGUCUUGAGGGUGUUCGUGGAGACUGUGCUGCGGUAUGGAUUGCCGUUGGAUUUCGUCUGUGCUUUGGUUCGGACACAAACUGCCAAGCAGGCAGACCGCGCAAAGCAAAAUCUCGAGAAAAAGUACUCGUACCUGGCAGGCAAUGCCUUUGGGCGAGACAAGAAGGGUCGCGUUCAGCGGGAUGAUCCUAGCGAGAUGCAUGCCGGUGGUGAAGGCGGCGCAGAGUACACGCCAUAUGUGUUUUAUGAAUUUGAGUUCAACUAA